AUGGCCCCGAACAGCACCAUCGCAAUCCCCCGCCACCCCCCAAAGCCCACUACACGUCAGAGCGCCGCGAUGCCGUCCGCAAAUGACAACGACGACGCGCGCUGGCAGCUCGUCCUAGCGCACGCCCCCACAUCCUCCUUCCUCUACGCCGUGCUCUCAACCCACAUCUUCUGCCUCCCCAGCUGCCCGUCGCGCCGCCCCCGGCGCGCCAACGUGCGGUACUUCGACAGCGCCGCCGCUGCCAAGGCCGCUGGGUUCCGCGCCUGCCGUCGCUGCAGGCCGUACAGCGCGGGUGUGGGCGCGGGAGGGUUCCCGUCGCAGGACCAGACCGCGCGGGGGGCGGUCGCGGCCGCGUGUGCGUAUAUGCCUGAGCGCGCAGGGGAUGGGGAUGGGAGGGCGGUGGUGCGGCUUUUGGAUGUGGCGGGGCAUGUUGGGCUUUCGGGGCGGUACUUCCGCGGAUUGUUCAAGCGGGUGAUGGGGAUAACGCCGGGGUUUGUGCAUGCAGUGCAGGAUCCUGGUAGGCAUUGUGGAGGGGCUGCUGAGUCUGGUUCUGGGGGUGAUGCUUUCGUUGCGGGCGUUGCUGUGGAUGAUGGGUUCGAUGCACAGAUGAAUGCUUUGGGGGAUUUCAACUUGGGCGAUUCCAUGAUGAUGACGAUGAUGGAUGGUUUCAGUUUCGACGCCUGCGGGUUACAGCUGGAGUCAUUCGAGCUUGGUGGUGCUGACCCCUUUCUUUGGAGUGGCGAGUUCGACUUGAGCGGGAUGGGACUCCCGGGGCCGGCUAUGCAUUCGACUAUGGACGUGGGAUGGAGUCAGGGGCCUGAUGAAUCUCUUGACCCGGCACUAUUGACUUUACGAGCCAUCUGA